AGACCGGAGGCAGAAAGUAUCGAGCAGAAUGGAGUGAAUGAACUGAUCAAAGCGGCUAAAGAGCGCGCGGAAAGAAGAGAACUGGAAAGACAAGUUCGGAGCACAGGCAACGAAGAUAUUCUUCCCAACGAUAGAAAAACACCAGACUCCCUAGUACAGAAGCGAGCAGCUUUACAAGCACCUUGGUACACCGAUCCGAAUGAGGGUAUCGGCAACACUCAGUUUCGAAGACCAACGAUGACCAAACGCUCUGUUUCAAGCCCUCGAUUGAACUUGCAACGAAGUACCAGUGAAAUGGACUAUCAGACUUAUUCAGCCCAACAGUUGAGGGAGUUACGAAUGCCUACGUGCAAAUACGGGAAUAAAGAGUCAGUACCUUGGUAUCCGGAAUACGCAGCCUCCAGAUUCCCGAAGAGAGAUGGAGAAACAUACAAGACCUCAACUUCAAAGAUUGGUGAGAGUUUCUUACGGGUCUUCGGCGUGGACAGUCAAAGUUCGAAAGAUUGCGAAGCAAGUGAGCAACAA